GACGGGCAGCUCUUCGCCCUCAAGCGGCAGCUGCUCGGCGACGCCGCGAACGACGUGGUGCCGGUGCUGCGCGAGACCAGCAUCCUGAACGUGCUGAAGGGCGCCUGCUGCGUGGUGCAGAUCGAGGACGCGUUUCUCGUGCGGCCGUUCCGCGGCGGCGCGGAGGUCUGGACGGUCCUGGAGUUCUUCCCGCACAACCUGGACCGCGUGAAGCACCGCCUGCUCGCGGAGGAUCCGGCGCGCCGCGUCAUCUUCCAGGUGCUCCUGGGCCUGCACGCGCUCCACAGCGCGGACAUCAUCCACCGCGACCUCAAGCCGGACAACCUGCUGGUCGACUUCGGGCCGCGCCCGUUCUGCACGCUGCGCGUGGCCAUCUGCGACUUCGGCAUGUCGCGCUCGGUGCACGGCUUCGAG